UGUGGGUGAAGGCAACAAGUAACAAGUAACAAGUGACCUCUUGAGGCGAAUUUCAUUUUGUGGAUCGGAACUACUUUAGAACCGGAACCUUGCAGCUGCCGUUUUAUUUAAGUUCGGGAAUUCCGAUCCGGUGCGACAACGCAAUGUUGGAACAAUUAACUCAUUUUGGUGGCCCAUGAAUUGACAGGAGCAAAAUAGAAAAAAAAGUAUCAGGUAUUUGCCAACAUGUUGCAGCAACCCUGGCAGAGUUUCCACGAUAUAUCGAUAUACAUAGCUAUGCAUGUUCUUAUCUUAUCAUCAAUCUCUGUGAGAGGCAAAGAAGUGACUGUGACAGACAAUCCCUUGCAAUAUUCGUCGGAAAAAAUAAAGGCCGCUUUGGAGGAGCAUGAAAUAAUACCAGAUGCAUUAGACGUCGCACCUGAGAAGGGAAUUAAGCUCGAAUGGAUUCUAGGAUCAAAAGCUGUUUUUGGGAACAUUAUAGAGCCAUUGGAAAUCCUAAGGGAACCUUACUGGAUCAAAUGGGACUCAAAAAAUGAUACGCGGUUUACUAUAAUGAUGUUCGGUUUGGACGAGCCGACCAGAGAGAAUCAUACAUUGCGAGAGUGGCAGUAUUGGCUUGUGGGAAAUAUACCCGAAUUUAGUGUUAGAUUUGGUGACAUAUUGACGUAUUACUUAUCCCCGAAACCACCAAAAGGCACAGGUAUUCACCGUUACGUGGUGCUCUUAUAUCUUCAGCCGAAUGGAGAUAAAAUUGAAUUUGAGGAGGAAAAACGUCCAAUUUAUGACAUUCGCGAUGACGAUGUUCGAGGAGAGUGGUCGCACAAGAAGUUCGCUGAGAAGUACAAACUAGGAAAUCCUGUAGCCUGUAACUUUUUCCGGGUUCAAUGGGUGGAACCUCGUGAAGACAAUGACACCCAUGUAUUAUAGAAAAAUUAUAAAAUUGUUUUUCAAAUUA